AUGCUAAAAUUUCAAAAUUGGAUCCUAAAAAUCCAAUUUCGGAAGCUCGAACAAGAAGAAUUAUCAUAUGUGGCUUGA